CAGCGUUUUAGCCUUUAGUAAUUUAGUCUUUGUUAAUCGCUGUUUUUUUUCUGACUCAAGCACAAAUCAACAUUUUUCCCCCCCUUCUGGUUUUGUUUAGCUUAAGCACAGACGUGGACAUCCAAGCAGAUCCCGACUCACCUGACAUGAAAAGACGACGAGUGCACAUGUGCGACUACGACGGCUGCAACAAAGUGUACACCAAAAGCUCUCAUCUGAAAGCUCACCGCAGGAUACACACAGGAGAGAAACCGUAUCAGUGUACGUGGGAAGGCUGCACAUGGCGUUUCGCCCGCUCCGACGAGCUGACGCGUCACUUCCGCAAGCACACGGGCAUCAAGCCGUUCCGUUGCACUGACUGCGACCGAAGCUUCUCCCGCUCCGACCAUCUAGCCCUUCAUCGGCGCCGCCAUGUCAUGAUGUGAGCCUGGGUCGGUUUUAGCCCCGUUUCCUCUCCUUUCCUCAGAAGACUCUGCCCCCCCUCUCCCCUCUCCCUCUCCUUCUCCCCCCCAGCAGAAAGGGCUGAGAGAACUGUGAACUGUCCCUUACCUUCCUCAGAGCCGCAUACGAUGAAGAUAACGCCGCAUGUCUUUGGGGUUCUUGUACCUACAAAGUCACCUAACACGCUUCAAAUCAGACAAACAAAAACAAACAAAAGCCGCUCAUCCGUCCAGUCCUCAUUUAUACCGGGCUACGCCAUUUAUCCCAACGCUCGCUUCAGCAGGGAAGCUGCAGAACCCGUGAGAUGCAGCGAUUAAAACAGACUGAAGGGCUGAGAGUUUGUCUGAAACCGUCCGAGAGAAGAGAAGAGAAGGACCAGAUGACGGAGGGCGCGAAAAGAGAAGCGAUAGGUUUUUAACCACAGGUUUACAAAAUCUCUUCUCAUCAUUUGAGUUGUAUGUUUUACCGAAACAUUUUAGUCUUUUUAGACACUUUUUUUGUUUUGUUUGCAUGUACUAACUUUUUUGUGUUGAGAUGGUUGUGUAGCUGAACGUCAACAUGUGUUUUUUUUUUGUUUCCUUUUUAAAAUGAAUUUCUACUCGCUAUUUUAUGAACAAACGUUUCGCCGUUCUGACUUUUUAUCAGCUUUCCAUCCUACACCACCACCUGAGAGGGAGAGAGCAAAGACUGUGAAGUUUCUAGAAUUCCAUUUUUGUGAAUUGGCAAAUUUUCUUUCUUUUUUUUUUUUUUUUUUUGAGAAAGAGAUGGGGGGAGAGAGAGAGAGAGAGAGAGAGAGAGAGAGAGAGAAAACAGAUCAAGGCCUCACGCUGAGGUUUUCAGCAAACUACAAAGUUUCUGAAUUUCACAAAAUAGAAAAGAAAAAAAACCCAAAUAAAACACAAAAAAAGACAAAUACAAAAUAUAUUUGGCUUGGUAACAGUAUUUAUAAUAUACAUACAUAUAUAUAUAUAUCUCUAUAUAUAUUUUUUAAAUCCUUUUUAUUUGUGUUCUGCCAAAAUUGGCAUUUUAAUUAAUUAAAGUUUUUUCAGAUGAUGAUUGUGUCAUGAGGCUGUGAAAACAAAACACAUGAGAAACAAAAGAAUAAAGUUCAUCAGAAUGGGACUAGGAUAGGAAAUGGGGGCUCUUGGUGUGCGUGUGUGUGCGCGCGCGCGCGUGUGUGUGUGUGCGCGCGUGUGUGUGUGUUUCUAAUAUAAUCAGAGGUUUAAUAUCGGAGGUGUGUGUUCUAGGCACAUGUUGUUGACGCCCUUCAGAGCCUUAAUUGUAAGUAAAUGUGCAACUCAAAUGUGUAUUUGCGCAUCUCGUUCUUCUGAGUUUCUCAGGGUUCUGGGCUGGGACCCCUAGUAAAGACCCCUAGUAAAGAAAGGCACCAUUUUAAAAAAAAAAAAAAAAAAAAAAAAAAAAUCUUUAUUUGUAGAUCAACAAUAACCACGUGUUGAAGGAACAGUUUUAGCUCCGGCUCUGUUUUCACUCGAUUAUGCAGAAGUCAGUCUCGGAUCUCUGGACCUUCCCCUUGACCUUCUUACGAUAUUGAAAUUGUGGGGGAAUAAAAACCAAUCGAUAACAAAGAGCACAGUCCCGUUCCGUUCAGAGAGGAAAGCAUCUCUUUUUUUUUUUCUUCUUCUUUUUUUGGACCCCUCGUCUCAAUCCGUUUCAUGCUAGCACUCGUUAAUAGUUAUGGUCAUGAUUUCAACAGCUAGCGGAUUAUAAAGAGGUGCGUUUUUGCCCUUUUUUGUCGUUUCAGAAGCUUGAACCGAACCGCGGCUUAUUCAAUUCCAGCCUUUGAGUUGAGCGCAUGUUUGCGGCAAAAGGAAACGACGAAUUAAAAAAAAAAACGUAUCACAAAAAAAAAAAAAA